AAGGAACGUCUUACCCCAAUGCAGGAUGAGCCGUGUUCGUCCAAGUCAAACAACGUACCUGCGAAUAAUUUUAAACGUGGACAUCGUCGUGCUUGGAGUAUGCCGAGCGCUAAAGGUGAAAAAAUGACAUUAGCCGUCAUCCACGAUCAAGAAACUAUGCAAGACGGAAAUACUCAUCACCGACGAGUGGUCCGCUAUCGUCUUCAUCCGGCUAAGAAAGCACGGAUGAUUGCUGGAAAAGAUGACCCUAUGGAGAAAACCAAUUUUGACACUCCUGGAAUUCGAUUCGAUUUAUCUAACCUACCCAAUCCUGAAGACGAUGAUCAUGAGCUGGAGGUAACUGCUUUUUGA